AUGUCCAAUUCAAAUUUUCAUCGAGCUCGACCACAAUCAACACGCUACUCGAAUAAUUAUGACUCAUCAAGAGUAACUUAUGACCAUCAUUUUGAUUCAAAUCAACAGUCGCCUGUUCCUUUACUUGGGCCAUCAUCUCAACAACCUAUGUUUCCUUCACAAGAAAGAUUCCAUUCUAAUCAUGCACAUCAAUCAAACAAUCGUCCUUUUCAUCAUACUGAAAAUCAUCUUUCGAACCGUAUGUGGUCAAAUACAGAGUACCAAGAAUAUUUUCGUCGACAUUAUCAACAACAUUUUAAAAUUCAUAUUGUCUGUUACAAUAUUCUUGCGCAAUCAUUACUGGAAGAUAAUCAAUUUUUAUAUAUGAAUUGUUUAAGAAACAAUUUACAAUGGCACCGAAGAAAAGAACGGUUAUUAAGAGAAAUAUUAAGACAAGAUGCUGAUAUUGUUUGUUUACAAGAAAUGGAAAAUUUUCAUUAUGAAAAUGAGUUUCGACCUAAGUUCAUGGAAUACGGAUAUGAUUCUAUUUAUUUAAAAAGAAAUGGCUCUAAAUCCGAUGGAUGUUGUAUAUUCUAUAAAAUAAAACGUUUGAGACUUAUGGGAAGUAAAGCUGUGCCAUUUUAUCAAAAAGAUAUUCGUAUUUUAGACAGAGACAAUUGUGGUUUAAUUGCACUUUUUCAACCGAUACAUCCUGAAACGUCAUCUGAUGAUUUAUUCUGUGUUGCAACAACACAUCUACUUUUUUCACCGAAACGUGGUGACAUUAAAUUAGCUCAGCUACAAUAUUUUCUUGCUGAAGUUGAUCGAUUAGCAACACGAGAUCAUCCUACGGGCUGUUACUAUCCAAUAAUUCUAUGUGGUGACUUCAAUGCUCAGCCUCAAUGUCCACUUAUUCAAUUUCUAUUGAAUCAAUAUAUCAAAUACGAUAGCUUUCGUUGUAUUGACAUAUCUGGACAAACACCAAGUUCAGUCGUGGACGACUGUUUUUCUCAUCCAUUACCAUCAAAUGAACUUCUUCCAUUAUCAUUUGUUACAUCUGAUUGUCGUUUAGCAACAUUAAACGAUGACCUUGUUUUUGAAAAACAUGCCAAUCAACAACAGUCAUCAGCAAUUUUAACACACAAUAAACAAUUAUUAUCUGUUUAUGAUUCUAAUGAUAUGUUAGAUGUAACUACAAAUGCCGGUGAUGAAGCACAUUUAGUUGAUUAUAUAUUUUAUAGUCAACAAGAAAAUGAUCCAUAUAGAUUAAAUCUAUUAAGCCGUUAUGAUUUAUAUAAACAAGACGAAGUGAUAAAUGUACAUAUGCCAAAUCAUCAAUUUGCUUCAGAUCAUUUUAUGUUAGCAGCAAAAUUUGCAUUAAAAUUAAGAAAGACGAAUGUUGCACAUCAACAGUGA